CACAAGACGUCCCAGGUGACAGAGAUGGUGAAAUGAGUUCCAAAAGGUGCCGCACAGAGGAGACCAAAAUCUGUGAGAAAUGCUGUGCAGAAUUCUUUGAUCUCUCUGAAUUCCUUGAGCAUAAGAAAAAUUGCACUAAAAAUCCACCUGUUCUAAUCAUGAAUGACAGUGAGGGAACAGUACCCUCUGAAAGCUUUUCUGAAGCUUCUCUAGGGAGCUUUCCAACUGAUCGAAUGGAUAGCAGGACACGCAAGGACAUUCAGGCAAAGGGCUGCACUGGCUCUAUGGAAAAGAGAGAAGGAAAAAUGGAUGCUGAGUCAGUAGGAGGAAUGUACCUUAAAAUAGAACCCCCUGUCACACCUGCGGCUCCUGGGCUAAGCUAUCUACCAAAAUCCAAAGUACCAAACACUAAUGUGACUUUGCAGACGAUACGCGGCACUAAAGUGGCUGUGAACCAGCGGACCUCUGAUGCCAUCUCGUCUUCAGCAGCCAGUUUUAAUGCCAUCCCCAUGAUCCUGGAGCAGCUCGUGUGUUUGCAGCAGCAGCAGCUCCAGCAAAUUCAGUUGACGGAGCAAAUUCGCAUUCAGAUUGCCAUGAUGGCUCCCCAUGCCCUGCAUCCUUCUAUAGCAGCUGCUACUGAUCCCCUAAAAGCUCUGGGCGCUCACAUGUCUCAGCAGCUGUCGGCUGCUGUGGCUUUAAUUGGACAAAAAGCUGGAAGCCAGAGCCUAUCACUGGAAUCCUUGAAGCAAGGAAAACUACCUCAUUCUAACACUGGCGUUGCAGCUGCCAGCUCGCUGGCUGCUGGGCUUUCUGCCUUCCCUUUGAAGCCAGAGGCAAGCAGGAGCCUCCCUGGCUCCAUUUCUCGGUUCCCAAAUCCUUUGCUACCUCAGUCCUCCAACUCCGUCAUCUUCCAGAAUCCGCUUUCGGCCGUUUCUUCUGUAGUAGAUUCCUCAAAGAAGGGGAAGGGAAAACCUCCCAAUGUUAGCGUGUCUGAGAGCAAACCGAAUGCAGAAGAGCCGUUCUUCAAACACAAGUGUAAGUUCUGCGGCAAGGUCUUUGGCAAUGACAGUGCCCUGCAGAUUCAUCUCCGUUCCCACACCGGUGAGAGACCCUACAAGUGUAACAUUUGUGGUAACCGCUUUACAACCAAAGGAAACCUUAAAGUGCAUUUUCAGCGUCACAAAGACAAAUACCCCCACAUAAAGAUGAAUCCUUACCCGGUUCCUGAGCACCUGGACAAUGUUCCCACUAGCACUGGAAUCCCGUAUGGGAUGUCUGUGCCACUGGAUGAGUCUAACCUAAUUGUGGAUAGCAAACCUCUCCUAACAACCCUGCCUACCUCUGCAGCCACCAGUGCACCUCAGACCGUCUCCAACCUAGCAGGCAUCAAGGAGUCUCUGCCCGGUACGUUCUCAAGUGACGUGCAGUCAAGGCCUUCCCCAGACAGUGAGGGUGGCUCUUCCUCAUCAGGGGCAGUCGGUCAUGAAUCAGGAACCGAGCAGAGCUUGAGUUCACCGCAAGCUACCUGCAGCGUGAGCAUCUUCCACGUAAGUGGGUCAAACGAGCAAGGCUCAGAAACAUCAAAGCUUCAGCAACUGGUUGAAAAUAUUGACAAAACCACUGCUGACCCCAACGAGUGCCUGAUCUGUCACAGGGUGUUGAGCUGCCAGAGUUCACUCAAAAUGCAUUAUCGUACUCACACUGGAGAGAGGCCAUUCAAGUGCAAAAUCUGUGGCCGUGCCUUCUCCACUAAAGGGAAUCUUAAAACUCACUAUGGUGUCCACCGGGCCAAUACUCCUUUGAAGAUGCAACAUUCGUGUCCUAUUUGCCAGAAGAAGUUUACAAAUGCAGUUGUGUUGCAGCAGCAUAUCCGCAUGCAUAUGGGGGGACAAAUACCCAAUACACCGAUGCCGGAAAACACCUGCGACAGUACUGAUGUGGAUCCUACUGUGGCCGAGAAGAAUGGAGACAUCAGUCGCCCAGACGAGACUGUGGAAAACAUAGAGAUGGAAGAGGACUUGGACUCUCAGGACGGCCCUAGGAGUUCUUCAAAACCUCCUACUCCGUACAGUGCACAAUCGGAAUCAUCAGCUACAGCUGCCAGCUUCUCUGGCAUAGCAGCACUGGAGAAUCAAAUGAAGAUCGUCAACUCUGGUUUGAACUUGCAGCGACAAAGCAGCUUGAAGUCUAGUGAUAACGGCUCAGCAGAAAGUGAUGGCAUGACAAAUGAUUCCUCUUCUGUGGUAGGAGAUCCAGAUUAUCAGAAUGGCAGGAGUCCUGCUGCCUCUGAGUCUGCAUCGCUCCAGGCUCUGUCCCCAGCCAACAGCCAAGCUGAGAGUGUAAGGUCAAAGUCACCUAGCUUCAACAAUCAAGAAGAUUCAGGCACAGGAAAUAAAUCAGAGGGUCCUGAGAACACUUCUGCAGAAAUGGAAGGGGUCAUCAGUGCUUUGGAUUUAACUUACGGCAAUAUUGGUCGAAAGGUCAUUAAAGAAGAACCUGGCUUACACUUUGCAAAUGGAGAAUAUGGUCGAAGUAGUAUUCCAGCUGCUUUUAUUAGAGCCCCACCAGCCCUCAUAAAAAUGGAGAUGCCCAGCGAGCGUCCCAUUAGCACUAGCCAUUUCAUUGGCCCACCAGCUCUCUCCCCUGGUGUUGCCCCUCUCCUUAUGCCACGACCAAAAUUCUGCCGUCCUGCCAAACAGCACAUCUGCACUACAUGUGGGAAGAACUUCUCCUCUGCCAGUGCCCUUCAGAUUCACGAACGGACCCAUACUGGUGAAAAGCCGUUUGCCUGCACCAUCUGUGGGAGAGCCUUUACAACAAAAGGAAACCUGAAGGUCCAUGUAGGAACUCACAUGUGGAAUAACUCUGCCAGGCGAGGACGAAGGCUUUCGAUUGAUAACCCCAUAGCUCUGCUGGGGAAUGAUCCCAAGAAGGUAUCUGAAAUGUUUCCGAAGGAUAUAAUGACUCCUUCAGUGAGCAUUGACCCCACAGUGUGGAAUCAGUAUGCAGCGGUACUCAGCAAUGGCAUAGCAAUGAAGACUAACGAGAUCUCGGUGAUCCAGAGCGGUGGCUUACCUACCCUUCCAGUCACCAUUGGGGGUGGUUCGGCAAUAAAUACUGCUACGGUCUCCAAGAUAGAUGGGACCCAGUCUGGGACUGGUUCUGAUACAGAGAAGGCCAGUGGUGCUGCUGCAGACAAUGUGCCAAAACACCAGUUCCCUCACUUCAUGGAGGAGAACAAAAUUGCUGUUAGCUAAAAACUCUAGUGAAGUUGGCGUACAGAAAGAACAAAUAUAUAUAUACACAAACUUAUAUUUUUAAGAGAUUCCACUUCAACCUCCUAUUUUCCUAUUGACGUGCAAAUGAUUUUAUGGUUGUCUUUGUAAGAGUUGCCCAGAGUACAAUCAUGAUAUUGCUUUGCAAAUAGUAAAUAAAGAAUAGGAUUUCCUUCUAUUUGGAAAGAUGCGGGUCUUGCAAAGUAGUUCUUAUGUGUGACUUUAAUGUGUACAGCCUUACAGAAGUUUCUGCAACUUGAAAUUCCAAAGGUUAGAAUAUUUACCUCUUUGUUUAGAGUGAAAUACUUGGAGGUUUUGAAUAUAGUGGAAACAACCUACUGUUGAUGGAAAAGCUUCUAUUUGCUGAUGAGAAAUGAAAACUAUUAAUGCGGGUAAAUAUCCUAGAAUGUCUGCCACCCUCUUAGAAAUAGUUUUUCUGUUUGGAUUUUUGGCUCUCUGUGAUUUCUGAAUGUACUUUUUACUAUAAUGGCUAUAAAAAUACAAUUUUUUUAAAAUUCCUUUUUUUUGCCUCAGAAGCUUUAUGAAGAGAAAGUUGCUGUUUUUCUUUAAUCACUGCUCCUAAAGAAUUAAUUUUCUGUAUUGUUGACUGCUGCUUAUUUAAUACUACUACUAGGACAGUCCUUCAAGUAUAGUGCCAAAACUCCUACUUCCAAAGAUGUGCAGUUUUUCCUAGAUCUUUUAUUUCAAUACCAAGAGACCCAAGCAAGCAUGGGUGGGUAUGUAUAUACUUUUUUUUAAUUUCCUCUCUUGAAAGGGAAGACUUGCCUUGGGAAGUCAGGUCUAAAAGCUCUGCAAGGAAUCUCAGAUGACUGUUGCAGUUAAGCAUGGGAACUGGUUUCCUUAGC